CACCCCGAGUCGAAUCGUAUUUCAUUGUUCAUCCGACUUUGGUAUCGAAGACUUACUUCUGGUUCAACAAAGUGUUUGAUAAAAAAAAACAACCAUUAUGCAUUUCAAAAGCGCCGUUAUUCUUUGCAUGUUGUACUUCGUGACCGUGACACAGAGUGCCGGACUUAAUGAGCGGCAAGUCGGUAGGAUUGUUAUUUUAUUCAAAGACCACGAAUCAUUGACAAACCAUGUUUCCAGAGAAGCUAUCUUGGACGUUAUAGAAGAACUUGGCAUGAAAGACAAGUCAGGUUUUACAUACAACACAGAUGUGUCUGACGCUCGUAAAGCACAAGAUCUUUUGAUAUUUUUGGCCGAUAACGAUAAGAAAACUGACUGCUGGAAGGAAAAUAAUGUAUCAUCCUACGAAGUAAAAAUUAUCGUGACAGUGUUCAGAGAAUUUGACAAAAAGGGUAAACACGAUGGUCUAAUUGACCACGAUGAAUUAGAAGAUCUCAUUACCGCUUUAAGUCUCGGAGAAAAGUUCAAAAAUGAUUUAGCACACGAAUUUAGCACAGAUUACAAAACAAUUAACGCCGCGGAGUUGGUGAGAGCCUAUUUUAAUGUAAAACCAAAAGACGGAGUUCUAGACAAGACACAGGUUGAUGAACUGGUCAAGUUAAAAGAUAACCAAAUAGGCAAUCACAUUAAUCCUGAAGCAAUAACAGCCUUUUUCCUAAAGUUAUCUAUACUUAAAGAAGACUACAAAGGCCAUUUGGUUUUUACUCCCAUUCGUCCAGUUGCUUUGGAGGUACAAGAGCUGCUGGUUGUUUCAGCAGAAUACACCAAAAAGGACAAGGUGGGGACCGACUAUUUAUCUAUACCUAUCCGUACAGUUAGGGACAUUGUAUCGCAAUUCGCUGAGGCCGACGAAGACAAAAACGGUAAACUCGAUGAAUCCGAACUUGAGAAAAUUACUUUAUCACUUGAUUCCAAGGACCAGGCUUCAACUACCGACUUCAACUCUCUACUUAGAGCACACGAUACCAAUGGCGACAAACAUUUUGACAUUGCUGAGUUCUUCUUGGCGAUAAUGUCGCCAGAUUCUGAAGAGUCAAAGGAAUGAUCACAAAUUUAAGUGUUUUUGCUGUAUUGUAAAAAUUACAUUAAAUGGUUUACAUAUGAAUAUAUUUUGAGUGUGCUUUAAUUAUGGGAAACAGUUUUAAACUGUAUGUGUUAAGAUUCUUAUAUGCAUCUUUAAUUUUACAAAUAACUUUUAGUUUAAUGAUUUUAACGAUUUUUAAGUUGGUG